CAUCGCUGCAGGACAUCAAUUUGCGCACGAUUCUGCAAAGUGGGCGCGUCAAAUCAUUAAGAAUUGGAUGGAGGAGUUGUGAAGUAGGGUAAAAAUGGAUGAUAUGGGAUGAGAGAAUGGAAUCUGACCUCUUUUGCAUUUCCGUGCGCAUAGCUGCUAUAUUAAUGACCUUUUUCAACAAGUAGUAGGAAAGCGAAAGUCGUGGAUCAUAUGCAUAUGGGAAGAGCAUAUCUAUGUAUAUUAUAAAUUCGCAAUCAACUUUCAAAUUCAACCACUAAAUAGUGAAGCUGCUGAGGAAAAUACAGAUUCUAGUAGGCGAGAUGAACAGGGGAUCUCGUUUUCGGUUUACAAGAAGAUCACUGCAGCCAAGAAGCUCCUCAGGGACCGAUGCAAGACCUUAGAC